ACACUCGUCCACGCCUCCAGUCCAGACCCGUCCUGUCCCGUCCAGACGCCCGCCCUGAUGGCCGAGGCGGACCCCCAGCAGCAGCAGGCGGACCGCGGGGCGGGGAGCCUGCCCGGCCUGCUCCUCCCCGGGCUGCAGGGCGCCGAGGCCAGUGCUCUGCAGCUCAGGAUCAAGAACUCCAUCUGCAAAUCUGUUCAAUCAAAAGUGGAAAACAUUCUGCAAGAUGUCGAGAAGUUCUCAGACAUUGAAAAACUCUACCUCUACCUUAAGUUGCCUUCUGGUCCGAGCAGCAGCACUGAUAAAAGUGACCAGUGCGCCCUGUCAUCAAGCCGCACUCAGCAGAUGCAUGCGUUCAACUGGAUCCGCAAUCACUUAGAGGAAUACCCAGAAACAUCUCUCCCCAAACAAGAAGUCUAUGAUGAAUACAAGAGCUUCUGUGACAAUCUCAAUUACCACCCGCUGAGCGCUGCGGACUUUGGCAAAAUGAUGAAAAAUGUCUUCCCAAACAUGAAGGCGCGUCGACUUGGCAUGAGAGGAAAAUCAAAAUAUUGCUAUAGUGGAUUGAGGAAGAGACCCUUUGUUCACAUGCCAUCGUUACCCACUCUGGAUCUCCAUAAAACACCAGAAGGACUGCAGUGUGAUAUCCUGGAGUCACCAGGUCAGCUCAGCAGCAUCAAGGAGGAGGUGCGGUUUGCAGCCUGUGACCUGGUGUGUGAGUGGGCCCAGAAGGUGCUGAAACGCCAGUUUGAUGCCGUGGAGGAUCUGGCUCGCUUCCUCAUCGACAGCCACUACAUCAGCAACAAGUCUCUGGCAGCUCUCACCAUUGUGACGGGCACAGCCACAGGUAACACUCAGGUUCUCCUGCUGGCCUCAGGUUCUGCGUGUUAA